UCACAUGACAGCAGCAGGUCAAAAAAAGCACGGAGUAGCGUAGCCUAGCCUACACACCGCCGCUGCAUUACAAACUGAUAGAGCUAAGCUUGUUAAUUGAUUGCUAGUGUGGCUACUGAAAAAGGAUUGGAAAUAUCAGUAUAGGCCGUUAAAAUAGUGGUGUAGUUGUGAAAUAGACGAUACUCAGUUUUUAGUUUAUAUGUUCGAUUAAUUUUCAAGACAUGGUGAAGUUUUGCGGUCCAAAAUUGUCUACGUGCUGUUUAAUUUUGAGUGUCUGGGGUAUUGUGAUGCUGCUAUUAUUAGGGGUUUUCUUUGAGAUUAAUGCUGUAACAUUUAUAGAAGAUGUCACAAUGCCUGAAUUAAAACCAGGUGAACAUUUAACCAAGAGUAUGCUAGAAGAAGCCUACCAUAAAGUUGCAGUCAACUGUUUUAUUGCAGCGGCCUUGUAUGGUGUAACAUUUUUUGUAUCAGCACAUCAAUUCUAUACAAACCGAAGACCACAGUAUCAGGUCAACUAGAGUGCUAUCUACAAACUGGAGUUUCUUAAUAUAUGGGAUGUUUAUCUCAGUGAUGAGAAUCAUAUGGGGGGUUAAAUCUGCACAUAUAUCCUGUAGUCCUAUAAGUCUCCAUGGUCUAAUGGAUAUGACACUUAACCCUGACAGCGAGACAUAUAUAUAUAUAUAUACAUACAGGAGUGGAUCCAGAAUUUUUUAAACGGGGGCACAGAAUCUUCAAAAUAGAUAAUUGAGUGGCGCUAAUUUCAGUAC